GUGGCCCUCUACAUCUUUACAGAUCCCCAGCACAGUGAUAAACGAUUUUCCUGAGAACUAAAGAAAAAACAAUUGCCUUGGUAUUUUAAGAUCUUAUGCUAUGAGUCCUAUAAAUAAGACUAGAAAAGGACCACCCAAACCAGGUAAUCUGUGGCUGCAGGAUCAUACGGAGAACACCAACGUAUUGGAUCUUUUUCGGUAACCUGCCGGUGACGCACACCCUGCUUUAGCCAAACCUUGGUCUGGGCUUUGCUGGCUUAACGGGAGUGGGAAGCGAGGGGUUCCUCUUCACUCGCGGGUCCGGAGCAAAAAGCAGGCUCCCUCGAGGUCCUGGUAACCGGCUAUCUACCAGCCCCGCCUCCACCCCCAGAUCGCCCCUACGCAACCCCGGAGAUUCUGGAGAAGGGAGGGGCCAACCCCUGCGUAGCCCCAUCCUGUCCGCGCAGCAGCACCAGGUCUGAGAAGCUGCUGUAAGUACCAGGAGACGCUAUGUCCGGCGAGUCGCUCCGCAGCCUGGGAAAAGGCAGCGCUCAACCCGGCCCAGUGCCGCUGGGAGUCAUACGGGUGUACAGCAUGAGAUUCUGCCCCUUCGCGGAGAGAACCCGGCUCAUCCUGAAGGCCAAAGGAAUCAAGCAUGAGGUCAUCAAUAUUAACUUGAAAAACAAGCCUGAAUGGUUCUUUAAGAAACACCCCCUUGGUCUAGUACCAGUUCUGGAGACCAGUAAGGGUCAGCUGAUACAUGAAUCUUCCAUCACUUGUGAAUACCUAGAUGAAGCUUAUCCAGAAAAGAGGCUGUUUCCAGAAGAUCCAUAUGAGAAAGCUUUACAAAAGAUGAUUUUGGAGUUGUUUUCUAAGAUACCAUCUUUGUCCAAGGAUGUUCUUAUAGCAGUACGAAAUGGGGAAGACUGCACCACUCGUAAAGCAGAACUCUGUAAGGAAUUCAGCAAACUGGAGGAGGUUCUUACCCGGCAGAAGACAAUGUUCCUUGGUGGGAACUCUAUAUCUAUGAUUGAUUACCUAAUCUGGCCCUGGUUUGAACGGUUGGAAUCAUUUGAGAUAGCUGACUGCAUGGACCACACGCCUGCUCUGAAGUUGUGGGUCACCAACAUGAAGAAGGACCCCACAGUUGAAGCUCUCCUCACUGACGUGAAGACAUAUAAAGGCUUCUUUGAUCUCUAUUUUCAGAAUGAUCCCAAUGCCUUUGACUACGGGCUGUGAGGUGGUGGGUUGGAGCACCAGCUGUAGAAUCUAUUGCUUUACCAUUGGACAUUUCCAACAUAUCCAUACAACAAAAUAAUAGUGUUUGAGCUUGUCUAAGGGCUGAUAAUCCUUAUUUUCUAAGAAGCUCUCAAUAAAAAUCUUAAAAAUGUA